UAUAUCAGUCUGGCGAGUAAACUAAAAAAUGAACUAGCUAAUGGUGAUUCUGUUGCCAGUGUGUGUGUAAAGAGACUGACAGUACAAUAGGUUUUUAGGGGAACAGUGCUGCAGAAGUGACUCAUGAAGCAUAUUGGCUGACUCUGAUCUGAAUGAGCCGCUGUGCUUGUGUGAAUCCGUAUGGAGCAGUAUGUGUGAUACGAGCUGGUUUGUUCAGUGUCUCGAUGGGGUACGUGAGUCGCUUGAGAUGUGUGAAAAGAAGAUAUUUUUACUGAAACACACUCCAUUAAUAUACUGCUGCCACCUGGAACAGAUACGCACUCAUUCUGAGAGAAACCUCAGGGGCCGGUUUCACAAAGAUAGACUUUGACUAUGACUUAGAUAUAGUUGAUAGUCAGACUUCAGAUAGACAUCUAAUUCAGACCAUUGCACAAAGCACUUAAGACUCUGACUAUCUCAAGUAGGACUACACUGCAGUGCAUUCUGGGUAAAAUAAGACACUUUUCAAAACAAAAAACAUGGCGGAUCGAGUAAGCGCAUUUAACCGGUCAGUUCAGUUUACCCCAGCAGAAAAUUUGUGUUUGUUGGAGGAGUAUAAUAGUUACAAGGACAUUUUACUAGGGAAAUUUAGCGGAGGAGAAUGUAGUAACAAGAAGAAAUGUUUAAUUUGGAAAAAGAUUGCCGCGACAGUAAACAGCAUUAAUCCGACCGUUGAGCGCAGCGUUAAAGACGUACAGAAAAGAUAUAAAAACAUGGUGCAAGAUGCCAAAAAGGAAAUAUUUAAGAGGAAAUACCCAAAAACGGGAGGAGGACCCCAAGAGAAACUUAAAGACACCACUGAAAUGGUGAUGAAUAUAUAUGGUGGACAGUCGCCGAUGUUCUGGGGGAUAAGCGGAGGACGGGAAAGUGGAGUGUGUGGAGCCGUCAACACUGACGUAACCGGCGGAGUUCCCUCAGCCACUGACAGCAGCACCCCGCCGCCACAUCAGGAGGAAGAGCCAGACAGUCAAGAUGAGAAUACAGUGACCCUGUCUUUGAAUUGGGACCGAAGCGAGGCAGUGGUGGAGGAGCCGGCUGAGAGACGUGAGGGGACAGGAGAUGAAGAGUCUGAGUCAGCGUCAGCAUCAGCAUCAGCAUCAGCAUCAGCAUCAGCAUCAGCUACAGCUACAGCUACAGCUACAGCUCCUGGUCCCAUGGGUUGCACAACGGUGUUCAGAGGAACAACCAUGUCAAUGGUGCUAGACAAACAAUACAGUAAUCUUCAACUGGAAGAGAGGAAAUUGCUGCUAGAGAUUGAAGUUUUACAGCUUCAGAGAGAUAAAUUAAAAUUAGAGCUUCACAAACAGUCGCUGGAGUCCUGAAUAUCUUUGAGUAGCCUACUAAUUUAUUUAAUAAUUUAUUGAACGAACAGUAUAUCACUUGUUUUGUGAGUUAAUCGUUUUUCAGUUUAUAUAGUAAGUUGUACUUUUAAUAACCUUGAAGAUUUUGAUAUGAAUGAAAUGAGACUUGAAUGUAAUUUAUAGAAUAAUUUAUUUGAAUGAACAGUGUAUCACUUGUUUUGUGAGUUAAUAGUUUUCCAGUUUGUAUAGUAAGUUGUACUUUUAAUAACCUUGAAGAUUUUGAUAUGAAUGAAAUGAGACUUGAAUGUAAUUUAUAGAAUAAUUUAUUGAAUGAACAGUGUAUCACUUGU